AUGCUGGCAGCGCUAGAUGUGUUCUCCGGGAUAGGCGGGUUUGCGAGAGCUCUGCAGGGGAUCGCGACGAUCAAAAGGUUCUGCGACAUCGACUCAGCUGCACGGGCGUGCUUGCAGAAGAACAUGGACAAAGGACUUUUAGAGAAGGCCGAGAUCGAGACCGACAUUCGACACUUGAAGGGGUCAAAAGAUAUCGACCUGAUUGCUGCGGGCAUUCCGUGCCUCGGAUUCUCGCCACUGGGCCUUGAGCAAGGGAGGCUUCGAGCACGUCCGGACGAAGGCCUACGGUGGUUCUGUCUCGCGAGGAAGCCCGGCCUCGACCUGAGUUGGGAAGGGUUGCGCUUCGUGCCACACCGUUUCGACACCGAGGACGCGCCACCCAGGGUGAUCGGCCAGGAAGAUCCGGGAUGGGUAGAGAGGGCGAAGAGGUGCUUUCUCUUGGGGAACAGCAUCGUGCCUUGCGUGGCCCGCCUUGCCUUCUUCCUGCUGGCCAGUGGCUUCAGGCAGGGUGAUAUAUCCGCUCCCACACUGGUCAUGGGUGAGCCGAAUCCAGCCCUGUGCACGGUCGUCGACGAAACUCACCCCGGUUUCUACUUUCCAAAGUGGGGAGGGGUCGACUCGUGCAGUGUUUACAGCAUCCCGAUUAUGCACUUCAAGCGGCCAGAGUUGCAGCUUCGGCUGCUCCAGAAACCCAAGCUCGAAGUCCUACUCACUGACAAGGUCAACAUCGCUCCCCGAUGCAUCAAAGAAACCGGGCCCACCAGCUUUGCGGCAAAGCUUCGGAACGUUGCAGACGAGGCAAAGAGCUCGAAGUCGGCUGGUAAGGUCGACAGGGUGGUAGUCAUAGUGGACGGCACGGGCGCGAGCGAGUGCGGGUCGGCUGCACUGAAGGCUCUCGGCCAGCUGUUCAGCCUCGAGGACUGCAGCCUCUUGGACGUGGUCAGUACGAUCCUCCUGAUCAACGCGGACGAGACGUUGAAGGCUGCCUGA